CGGAAGAUGCCGAAGGCAGUCGACAGAGGUCGUAUCGCCGCGGCGCCAACUAUACCAGUUUUCUUUCCGACUGUCUGUCGAUAGGAUGCGGGGCACUCUUGAUAACCCGACAUUUCGUUUGCGCUGAUCUCAACCACCAUUGGUUGGAAGAUUAUCCGGCUCGAAGGACCAAAAAAUUUCAGUUGUAGCGGACAAAGUGAACGAUUUUCAACUGAGCGUUCCAUGCCGGACGAUAGUUCGAAUACGACAAUUAGAUUCUGAUGGAACGCUGUUUUUAACUGUGUUUUAUUUUAGUUUGAGAACACUAUUUGAGAGGAAAAGGAAGAGUUUCUGUUUGUUGAGGUAGAUGAUGAGUACUCCCCCAAGCAUGAUAUUUUCACCCUGCACGAACAGACCGACAAGCAAAGAAGCCGAAUGGGGCUCAUUUGUGCGAUGAGCCUACGGCUUCAACUCCCAUGGACCUCCCAACUACAGUGCAGGUACACUUCACCGUGGGGCUGCGCCACGAGAUCGCGCUCUUUCGCUCUGAUACCCCCUUGGAGGAGAUCAAGGAUCUAUUCAGAUCGGCUGCAGAGGCUGGUCCGAACGACAUCCUCAAGCUGUACGACGCGGAUGGUCAUCUCUUAAAUAUCAGCUCCAGCCUUCCUUCAAAUAAAUCCAGCAAUCGAUACGUUCUUAAGGUUGUUGCUGCCAACGGCCUAGCAAUGCUUCAGGAAUCUACAGGGUCCACAUUCAAAUCCUUGGAAGCAAGAAUUUCAGCAAUAGAACGUCAGCUAAAAUCUGACUUUCCUCUGCCUCCAGCUGUAGAAGAUCUCAAACGCCAAGUCGAUGCUUUUAGAGAAAAACUAGAAACCUCGGAAAACUUGAGCUGGCUGGGUUUUUAUAAAAAGCUUCCUGAACCCCUGUCGACAGAAGAAUGCAGACGCCUGCAGUACCGUCGCAAGAGCGACUCCCUAAAGAAGAGAGUUAAACAAAAUUUCAUGAAUAUUUGUGACCACGAGGUGUCUGACUCGAUACGGCAGUGGCUGCGUUUGCCAACAUUCGAUGCUAGUCCAUGGGAAGAUGAAGAACUACUUCUCCUGUUACAAACUAUGUUCCUUGAAUUCGAUUUGUGCUCCAAGUUCGCCAUCGACAUAAGCACUCUGCGGAAUUUCCUAUACGAAGCCUACAAGAACUACAACGAUGUUCCGUUUCAUAAUUUCAGGCAUUCUUUCUGUGUUACUCAAAUGAUGUUCUCCAUAUCCAGAAACGUCAACAUACCGGAUAAGAUAGGCGAUCUCGAACUACUCAUCUUACUCACCUCUUGCAUCUGCCACGAUCUGGAUCAUCCUGGAUACAAUAAUAUUUAUCAGAUAAACGCCAAGACAGAAUUGGCCAUUCGGUACAAUGACAUCUCGCCUUUGGAGAACCACCAUUGCAGCGUUGCCUUCCGGAUAUUGGAAAACGAAGAAUGCAACAUCUUCAAGUCGUUCAAUAGCGAAGAAUUCAAGAUGAUCAGGGAGGGAAUCAUAAGGUGUAUAUUGGCUACCGACAUGGCGAGGCAUAACGAAAUUUUGACCAAUUUCAAAGAAAUCAUUCCAGUUUUUGACGUGAACGACAAGUCGCAUGUGAAUCUGCUUUGUAUGGUUCUGAUCAAAGUAUCGGAUAUUUCCAACGAAGCUAGACCCAUGGAAGUGGCUGAGCCCUGGUUGGACAAACUGCUUAUGGAAUUCUUCAAGCAAAGUGACGCAGAAAAGCUUGAAGGUUUGCCUGUAACACCUUUCAUGGACAGAGAUAAGAUCACAAAACCCUCUUCGCAAUGUUCUUUUAUCGGCUUAGUAUUGCUUCCAUUAUUUGAAGCACUUGGUGAUCUUUUUCCAGAACUUGUGGAUCUCAUUGUUCAACCUGUUAGAGAUGCACUCGACUAUUAUAGAAGACUCAAUGAAGCUACUAGAGAGGAACGGCUUCACAGGAAGAGUAUUGUAGCUGAACUGACUGAACAGAAUACUCCUACUUCCCAAAGCUCCGAUAGUUCUUUAACAGUAACUAAGUCAUCUUCCAAUACCAGUGUCAAAUUGAAGAAGAGUUUAAGCUUCCAACAGAAUCGUUCAAGGUCUCGGUCAACGGACGAAGAUCCAGAAGGGAGCUUAGGCAGUGGAAAUGCUCUCAAUGAUGGACAAAGUCUAGAGGACGUUGCUGAAGACCCCGAAAGUGGAGACUCAGAGACAGCGACCGAAGUGGAGGUCUCAGAAAAAGCCCUAAAAUUCAAAAUUUCCACUGAAAGCAGUCUGGGAACUGGACGGAAAAGCUAUCCAGGUUCGCGCAAAGGAAGUCGAGAAAAAGUGCAAAACUUCAACAAUUCAGAUCUUGCUCGAAUGAUGCAGAGAGGAAAACUACGCGCGGGCGCGUUGAGUUUCGAUCAUCAUUGUUUGAGCAGCGGAAACAAGAAGUUAUCAUUCGAUCCUCCAGAGUUUUUGGACGAAUACGCCAUCAUCCUGAAGAAAAAGUUCGAAGAAGGUCUAAACAGUCAGUUCGACGACGAUGACGACGACGAUGUUGCUAACUACCAAGAGUGCGUCCUGUCAAAAGAAACUUUGAGUUUAAACAAAAGAAAUUCGGAACAUUCGGUCAAAUUACCAACUGGUUCGGAAGAAACUAGGAGUAUUCUCAAAUACUCCGACAAUAUAUACAGUAACGCUGAGAAAUUGAGAAUGAAUAACACCCAAAUGAAAGAAACGAAGUGUAAUAACGAAAAUUGUACUAGUGAAGAGGUUGGAACAGCAGAAAAACCGCUAGACAAGGUGUUUUCGAUAAAUGACCAGAGUGACAAACUAAGUGAUAUCAGCAUUUCUGCGAAGGAAGAGAAGGAACAACUAAAUGAAUGUGAGAACAGACCAAAGGGUUUAUACGCCAGGUUCAGGCAACUGACUGAUAGAUUCGGAUUCUCAAUGGAAAGAGACACAAAAAACAAACUAGCUAAAACGAAUUCCUUAAAGAGUACAAGCACAAAGAACACUACACCAACAAAAACCAAGAAAAGAACGGAAAGUUCGAAAUCGUGUUGUAAGAGUCUUGAGGAGAUUGCAGAUAGACGGGCGAGUACCCUUCCUAAAAUUAAAAGAACAGGGACUCACAAGAAGGGCUGGAGGUUGCUAGGAUUAGGAAAGGAGAAAGAAUGUUGGGCGUCAGAUGCUGCGGUUGACAAACUUAAAUCUGAAAGUUCUACGGAAAUGACUGACUUGAUACCAACAUCCAGUGAAACGGGGAGCCCGAAGAACACCAAAGAAACCCAACACUUUGCCAAACACGUUUUUGACCAUUCCAGAAAACAACAUAAGGAUGACACUGAUUUUAGAGUGAACCAACAUCCAAAAUUGAACAAUAUAGGGGAUACUUCAGAAACUGGUCCUUUUGUUGUGGCUACCAGCGACAAGGAUCCUACUUUUAUUUGACAUGAGUUGGAGUCCCCCGGAAGAGAGGGGUUCACUAGGUAUAUAUUCUGUCGGUGUUGCAAAUAUAAAUCUGAAUUUAGGGAAAAUGUUUAGGUGAUUCCAGAUGUCUUCAUACUUACCUACAUUAAAAGGACUCUGAAAUACAGCUCCAACUGCUCAUCCAUUUUUGUUAAUGUCCGUUUACACCAUUGAUUAAUCAGUACUAAAAUACAGAAAUAUUUCAUUUUACAAAAAAACUUUUCAAUCUUCGAAACUGGAUGUUCAGUUCAAGGAUUUCCAAAUUCCAAAGGCGGGUCCAAGUUUUUGAUAGCCUUCUUUUGUAGGUCAGUUCAAAUCAUUGACUUGAACUCUUGUAAUAUACUCGUAAUUAUUACUAAGUUAAAUUUCUUCCACGAUAUUUUCGGAGUACUUCCUAUGCAACAGCAUAAAAAAAUAUUAUAUUUUUAUAGUUUGUUUGGGGGUAUUAAUUUAUUUCUUAAUCAGAUCCUUGUCGUUUUCAAAUAGGUGAAGUAUUACAGGUGAAAUGGAUCCAUUUCUCAAUCCUCCAAUACAGUAGAGAAUGUAAUAUUAAUUCAAAUAAGACUAAAGUUUCAAAAUGAAAAAUUUGGAUUAUGAAAACUUGAGGAGUGACGAUUUCAAUAGGAUCAUAUUGACGAUAUUCUGGAAAUUAAACUUCCGAUCACCUAAGUUUGCGAGCGGAGUACCUAUUUCAUAUUUAACCGUGCCAAAAUACUGAUUAAAAUGAAUAACUCAUAAACUGUUUCAUGAUUAGAUAUAUUUGCCUGGUGGUUUUGAAAAUCAUCAACAAAAUCAUAAGAAAGUGUAUCAUCAUUAGAUAAACGAUUUAUAUCUAGUGCUGACGGACCUUGAGCUUAUCAUAUUAAGAAAUGAAUAGGAACAUGUAUCUUAAUAAUUAGAUGUAUUUUUGAUUGAAACUUUUUCAUCCAAAUAUACAGUUGGAAAUCUUCUUCAAAUCUACCGAUUUUCAUAUUGAUCGUCUUAUUGAAAUUUUCACUCUUCCAAUUCAUGACGCUAAAUAUUAAUAAAGACUCUCACUCAAAGCAACUCAAUUUUCUAAUGAUCGAUUUGAUAUUAGUUGAAUUUUUGACAUCGAACAAUCUAUACAUUUUUACGUUGAAACUCAAUAAACAUAAAAAUGAACUUAUAUUUCACUACCUCAGUUUCAGUGCAGUUUAGGCAAUUAUCAAUAAUUUUUUCAACUACUCACUUGAAAUGUUAUGUUGCCAAAAAGAGAAUUCGAGACGCACAUAUCGGUUAUUAUGAUGUAAAUUUAGAUAUAAUAAUCAAAUUAAAAAUGUUGCUUCAGCAACAGUCACAAUGAUCAUAAAUGUUGAAUGAUCACCACUGAACCAAUUGUUCUUCUUUCAAUUUCCAAAAAUGUGAUUCUAGUCGAUUUUCUAUAGUUGUAUAUUUAAUUUUAUAUUCAGAAAUAGUGUAUUUUAUUAUAGAAUAAUAUAUAUUGUAUUUUCAUGAUAUUUCAUCAGAUAUUUAUAGAUUCUAUCAGUUGGUUCGCACUAUCUUCUUUAAUUGAGGGAAAAUUUUCUAUUUUCAUUAUUAGUUUUAUUUAUUUAAGGAACCAUCUCCACCAAAACUUGGUAGAAUUCUGUGUAAUAUAUUUAAAAAUUGAAUUUUCAAAGUGUAAUUAGAUAUAGAUUCAAAUAUAUUCGAGAACAAAAUUCACUCAAAGUGAUUUUUUUGCCAUAAUUAGAUUAUUAAUAUUCGCAAUUGCUGUUGAGCGGUGAUUGCGAUAUUCUAUAAAAGGCUGAAUAUAGAUGACUAUAUGAAUAUAAGUUGUAAAUUUGAAUAUAACAUAACUAAAUAUUGCUGGAUUUUUCUAUAUUCACUCUUUCUUUGAAUCUACUGUAUUAAAACCUUUUGAAAUACAGAUCCUUGGAAAGGAAUAAUUAUUCAUCAUUCAAGGAAUGCAUUUUGGAACAAAAUUUCUCACAAUUUUUGAGCUUUCUGAAAAAAUGAAUUUCACUAGAAAAAAUUUUUACUUUAAUUUUCAUCAAAGGUUUCUGAAUGUGAAAAAUUACUGUUCAAUAAAACAAAUUAAUACAUUAAGUGGAAGUAUACCUACUUCAAUGUUUCACAAACAUUCAUUACAAGUUUUUCACCGCUAAUAAAUCACUAAAAAUCUGAGUCAAUUACUUAAUAUAAAACUUUGGUUUCAGUAGAGUCCAAUGAAAAACAAUUUUCUAAAUGCCUAGUCUAGGAGACAUAGGAUUUUCACACUGUGGUUCAUACUGAAUUCAGCUCCUUGUUUGUUUCAUUGAAUGAUUAUUGCCUUUGAGAAGGAAAUGAAUAUUGUAAUUGCUUCAAAGAACAAUAACAGUCUUGGACUCCGUGAAACAUAACACAGCUCAGAAAGGUCAAUUGGGGUUUAUUCUGUCCAAUAUUUGUUUUUAUUGUCUGGUUGAACUGAAAUAUAUAUACUUAAUUUGAACCUUGUACCUUUACUAAUAUGUAGCUGUUUUUUCUCACACCGAUGUCAAUUGUUAUUUUUUAAUUUCUUUGAUACAACAGAUGAAAAAACCACGUCUUUAUAGUUAUUGUGGCAUUCCUAGGAAUAGCUUAUUCUAAUAAAAUGCCUACUAGAGAUAUUCGAGUUUACGGACAAAGGACCUCAAGCGAUAUAUUUUCUUAACUUCAUCUCAUCUGCACACUCAUACUGUGAACAAUAUCAAUCAGAAAUAUUAAAUAAAUUCCUAUGAAGAAAUAGAGGUGGAUAUUAAUGAAAUAUCGAACUUGUAGCUCAUAUUUAGUUAUAAGCAAAAGAAUGUGAGUAUGCUUUAACUAUGAAUAUGUGAAUAUAUGGAAUAAAUGUGUACAAAGUA